AUGCCAGUUGCCACCACAACCUCAAGUCCCACCACCACGUCAAGCCUCACCACAACACUAAGCCCCACCUCAACAUCGAGCCCCACCACAACCUCAAGUCCAGCAACAACUUCAAGCCCCACCAAAACAUCAAGUCCCACCACCAAGUCUGGCCCCACCACCACAUCAGGAUCCAUCACAACCUCAAGUCCCAGCACAACCUCAACUCCCAGCACAACUUCAAGCCCCACCACGACCUCAAGCCCCAGCACCACCUUAAGACCAACCACAACAAUUAGACCCACCUCAACAUUAAGCACUGCAACAACUGCCAGCCGCACCACCACAUCAAACCCGACCACACCCUCAAAUCACACCACAACCUCAAAUCCCAUUGUCACCUCAGACCCCCCCACAACAACCUCAAGCCGCACAACAACGCAAAGCCCCGCCACCACAGCAUCAAGCCCCACCACCACAAAAUCCAGCCCCACCACCACGUCAGGUGCCACCAUCUCAACCUCAAGUCCCACCACAACGUCAAGUCCCACCACAGCAUCAAGCCUCACCACGGCAACAUCAAGCCCAACCACCACGUUAGGCGCCACCAUCUCAACCUCAAGUCCCACCACCACCUCAGGGCCCACCACAGCAUCAAGCCUCACCACGACAACAUCAAGCCCCAACACCACGUCAGGCGCCACCAUCUCAACCUCAAGUCAAACCACCACCACCUCAGGGCCCACCAAAACGAUUAGGCCCAUUUCAACACUAAGCAUUGCUACAACUUCAGGUCUCACCACAAGAUCAAGCCCCACCACCACAACCUCAAGUCGCACCACCACAACAUCAAGCCCCACCACCACUUCAAGCAACACCACUACAAUAAACCCAACCACAACCUCGAGCUCAACCACAUCAGGACCCACCACAACAUCAAGCCCCACCACAACGUCUGGCCCCAUAUCCACAUCGGCCGCCAGCACAACCUCAAGCCCCAACACAACAUCAAGCCCCAUAACUUCAAGUCUCACCAUCACUUCAGGCCCCUACACAACAUUAAGUCUCACCACCUCAACAUCAAGUCACACCACAACCUCAACGCCCAGCACAACUUCAAUACCCACCACGACCUCAAGCCCUACCACCAUACCAAGCCCCACCACAACGCUAAGGCCCACCUCAACAUUAAGCAUUGCAAUAACUUCAAGCCCCACCACCACAUCAAACUCGACCACAACCUCAAAGCCCACCACCACCUCAGACCCCCCCACCACAACCUCAAGCCCCACCACAACGCAAAGCCCAACCUCAACAUCAAGCCCCACCACAACGCAAAGACCCACCUCAACAUCAAUCCCCACCACCACAACAUCAAGCCCCACCACCACAUCAAGCCCCACCACCACAUCAGGCGCUACUAGAACCUCAAGUCCAACCACCACAACAUCAAGUCCCACCACUACAACCUCAAGUCCCACCACCUCUUCAGGCCCCACCACAACCUCAACUCCCACCACAACCUCAAGUCCCACCACCACGUCAGGACCCACCACAACUUCAGUUCCCAUCACAAUGUCUGGCCCAACAACCACGUCGGACACCACCACAACCUCAAGUCUCACCACCACCACAUCAAGCCCCACCACCACAACAUCAAGCCCCACCACCACAACAUCCAGCCCCACCACCACGUCAGGCGCCACCACCACGUCAGGCGCCACCACAACCUCAAGUCCCACCACCACAACCUCAAGUCCCACCACCACAACCUCAAGUCCCACCACCACAACUUCAAGUCCCCCCACCACAACCUCAAGUCCCACCACCACAACUUCAAGUCCCACAACAACAACCUCAAGUCCCACCACCACAACAACAAGUCCCACCACAGCAACCUCAAGUCCCACCACCACAACAACAAGCCCCACUACCACAACACCAAGAUGUACGAGCCCCACCACAACCUCAAGCCCCUCCACGACAACAUCAAGUCCCACCACCACAACCUCAAGUCCCACCACCUCAUCAGGCCCCACCACAACAUUAAGUCCCACCACCUCAACAUCAAGCCCCACCACAACCUCAAUUCCCAGCACAACAUCAAGCCCCACCACAACCUCAACUCCCACCUCAAGUCCCACCACCACGUCAGGACCCACCACAACAUCAGUUCCAUUCACAACGUCUGGCCCCACAACCACGUCGGACGCCACCACAACCUCAAGUCUCACCACCACAACAUCAAGCCCCACCACCACAACAUCAAGCCCAACCACCACAACCUCAAGUCCCACCACCACAACCUCAAUUCCCACCACAACAACCUCAAGUCCCACAACAACCACAAGUCCCACAACGACCUCUAGCCCCUCCACUACAACCUCAAGUCCCACUACCUCUUCAGGCCCCACCACAACAUUAAGAACCACCACCUCAACAUCCAGCCCCACCACAACCUCAACUCCCACCACAACCUCAAGUCCCACCACCACGUCAGGACCCACCACAACUUCAGUUCCCAUCACAACGUCUGGCCCCACAACCACGUCGGACACCACCACAACCUCAAGUCUCACCAACACAACAUCAAGCCCCACCACCACAACAUCAAGCCCAACCACCACAACAACAAGUCCCACAACCACAACCUCAAGUCCCACAACAACCACAAGUCCCACAACCACAACCUCAAGUCCCACCACCACAACCUCAAGUCCCACAACCACAACCGCAAGUCCCACCACAACAUCAAGCCCCACCACAACAUCAGGCGCUACUAGAACCUCAAGUCCCACCACCACAAUAUCAAGUCCCACCACUACAACCUCAAGUCCCACCACCUCUUCAGGCCCCACCACAACCUCAACUCCCACCACAACCUCAACUCCCACCACAACCUCAAGUCCCACCACCACAACCUCAAGUCCCACCACCACAUCAAGCCCCACCACCACAUCAGGCGCUACUAGAGCCACAAGUCCCACCACCACAACAUCAAGCCCCACCACAACCUCAACUCCCAGCACAACAUCAAGCCCCACCACAACCUCAACUCCCACCACAACCUCAAGUCCCACCACCACAACCUCAAGUCCCACCACCACAACCUCAAGUCCCACCACCACAACCUCAAGUCCCACCACCACAACUUCAAGUCCCACCACAACAACCUCAAGUCCCACCACCACAACAACAAGUCCCACCACAACAACCUCAAGUCCCACCACCACAACAACAAGCCCCACCACCACAACACCAAGCCCCACCAUCACAACCAGAAGUCCCACCAAAAUGUCAAGCCACACAAAAUCAAGUUCAGAGGAGGAUUCUACUGGCGAAUCACAAGAAAAAAGCACUAAAACCCAUGCUCCACCUUCUUGUUCAAAUUCCAAUUCAAAGUCAAAGGAUCCAAAAUGUACGAGCCCCACCACAACCUCAAGCCCCUCCACGACAACAUCAAGUCCCACCACCACAACCUCAAGUCCCACCACCUCAUCAGGCCCCACCACAACAUUAAGUCCCACCACCUCAACAUCAAGCCCCACCACAACCUCAACUCCCAGCACAACAUCAAGCCCCACCACAACCUCAACUCCCACCUCAAGUCCCACCACCACGUCAAGACCCACCACAACAUCAGUUCCAUUCACAACGUCUGGCCCCACAACCACGUCGGACGCCACCACAACCUCAAGUCUCACCACCACAACAUCAAGCCCCACCACCACAACAUCAAGCCCAACCACCACAACCUCAAGUCCCACCACCACAACCUCAAUUCCCACCACAACAACCUCAAGUCCCACAACAACCACAAGUCCCACAACGACCUCUAGCCCCUCCACUACAACCUCAAGUCCCACUACCUCUUCAGGCCCCACCACAACAUUAAGAACCACCACCUCAACAUCAAGCCCCACCAUAACCUCAACUCCCACCACAACCUCAAGUCCCACCACCACGUCAGGACCCACCACAACUUCAGUUCCCAUCACAACGUCUGGCCCCACAACCACGUCGGACACCACCACAACCUCAAGUCUCACCAACACAACAUCAAGCCCCACCACCACAACAUCAAGCCCAACCACCACAACAACAAGCCCCACCACCACAACAUCCAGCCCCACCACCACGUCAGGCGCCACCACCAUGUCAGGCGCCACCACAACCUCAAGUCCCACCACCACAACCUCAAGUCCCACCACCACAACCUCAAGUCCCACCACAACCUCAAGUCCCACCACCACAACCUCAAGUCCCACAACCACAACCUCAAGUCCCACCACCACAACUUCAAGUCCCACCACAACCACUACAACCUCAAGUCCCACCACCUCUUCAGGCCCCACCACAACCUCAACUCCCACCACAACCUCAACUCCCACCACAACCUCAAGUCCCACCACCACAACCUCAAGUCCCACCACCACAUCAAGCCCCACCACCACAUCAGGCGCUACUAGAGCCACAAAAACCCAUGCUCCACCUUCUUGUUCAAAUUCCAAUUCAAAGUCAAAGGAUCCAAAAUGUACGAGCCACACCACAACCUCAAGCCCCUCCACGACAACAUCAAGUCCCACCACCACAACCUCAAGUCCCACCACCUCAUCAGGCCCCACCACAAAAUUAAGUCCCACCACUUCAACAUCAAGCCCCAACACAACCUCAACUCCCAGCACAACAUCAAGCCCCACCACCACAACAUCAAGCCCCACCACCACAACAUCAAGCCCCACCACCACAACCUCAAGUCCCACCACCACAACCUCAAGUCCCACCACCACAACUUCAAGUCCCACCACAACAACCUCAAGUCCCACCACCACAACAACAAGUCCCACCACAACAACCUCAAGUCCCACCACAACAACCUCAAGUCCCACCACCACAACAACAAGCCCCACCACCACAACAACAAGUCCCACCACAACAACCUCAAGUCCCACCACCACAACAUCAAGCCCCACCACCACAACCUCAAGUCCCACCACCACAACCUCAAGUCCAACCACAACUUCAAGUCCCACCACCACGUCAGGACCCACCACAACAUCAGUUCCCAUCACAACGUCUGGCCCCACAACGACGUCGGACUCCACCACAACCUCAAGUCUCACCACCACAACAUCAAGCCCCACCACCACAACAUCAAGCCUCACCACCACAACAUCAAGCCCAACCACCACAACCUCAGGUCCCACCACCACAACCUCAAUUCCCACCACAACAACCUCAAGUCCCACAACAACCACAAGUCCCACAACGACCUCUAGCCCCUCCACUACAACCUCAAGUCCCACUACCUCUUCAGGCCCCACCACAACAUUAAGAACCACCACCUCAACAUCAAGCCCCAUCACAACCUCAACUCCCAGCACAACAUCAAGCCCCACCACCACAACAUCAAGCCCAACCACCACAACAUCAAGCCCCACCACCACAACCUCAACUCCCACCACAACCUCAAGUCCCACCACCAAGUCAGGACCCACCACAACUUCAGUUCCCAUCACAACGUCUGGCCCCACAACCACGUCGGACACCACCACAACCUCAAGUCUCACCACCACAACAUCAAGCCUCACAACCACAACAUCAAGCCCAACCACCACAACAUCAAGCCCCACCACCACAACCUCAAGUCCCACCACCACAACCUCAAGUCCCACCACCACAACUUCAAGUCCCACCACAACAACCUCAAGUCCCACCACCACAACAACAAGUCCCACCACAACAACCUCAAGUCCCACCACCUCAACAUCAAGCCCCACCACAACCUCAACUCCCACCACAACCUCAAGUCCCACGACCACGUCAGGACCCACCACAACUUCAGUUCCCAUCACAAUGUCUGGCCCAACAACCACGUCGGACACCACCACAACAACAAGUCCCACCACAACAACCUCAAGUCCCACCACCACAACAACAAGCCCCACCACCACAACACCAAGCCCCACCACAACAUUAAGAACCACCACCUCAACAUCAAGCCCCACCACAACCUCAACUCCCACCACAACUUCAAGUCCCACCACCACGUCAGGACCCACCACAACAUCAGUUCCCAUCACAACGUCUGGCCCCACAACGAUUCCCACAACAACCACAAGUCCCACAACGACCUCUAGCCCCUCCACUACAACCUCAAGUCCCACUACCUCUUCAGGCCCCACCACAACAUUUAGAACAACCACCUCAACAUCAAGCCCCACCACAACCUCAACUCCCACCACAACCUCAAGUCCCACCACCAAGUCAGGACCCACCACAACUUCAGCUCCCAUCACAACGUCUGGCCCCACAACCACGUCGGACACCACCACAACCUCAAGUCUCACCACCACAACAUCAAGCCUCACCACCACAACAUCAAGCCCCGCCACCUCAUCAGGCCCCACCACAACAUUAAGUCCCACCACUUCAACAUCAAGCCCCACCACAACCUCAACUCCCAGCACAACAUCAAGCCCCACCACAACCUCAACUCCCACCACAACCUCAAGUCCCACCACCACAACCUCAAGUCUCACCACCACAACCUCAAGUCCCACCACCACAACCUCAAGUCCCACCACCACAACUUCAAGUCCCACCACAACAACCUCAAGUCCCACCACCACAACAACAAGUCCCACCACAACAACCUCAAGUCCCACCACCACAACAACAAGCCCCACCACCACAACACCAAGACCCACCACAACAUCAGUUCCCAUCACAACGUCUGGCCCCACAACCACGUCGGACGCCACCACAACCUCAAGUCUCACCACCACAACAUCAAGCCCCACCACCACAACAUCAAGCCUCACCACCACAACAUCAAGCCCAACAACCACAACCUCAAGUCCCACCACCACAACGUCAAUUCCCACCACAACAACCUCAAGUCCCACAACAACCACAAGUCCCACAACAACCUCUAGCCCCUCCACUACAACCUCAAGUCCCACUACCUCUUCAGGCCCCACCACAACAUUAAGAACCACCACCUCAACAUCAAGCCCCACCAAAACCUCAACUCCCACCACAACCUCAAGUCCCACCACCACGUCAGGACCCACCACAACUUCAGUUCCCAUCACAACGUCUGGCACCACAACCACGUCGGACACCACCACAACCUCAAGUCUCACCACCACAACAUCAAGCCCCACCACCACAACAUCAAGCCCAACCACCACAACCUCAAGUCCCACCACCACAACCUCAAGUCCCACCACCACAACUUCAAGUCCCACCACAACAACCUCAAGUCCCACCACCACAACAACAAGUCCCACCACAACAACCUCAAGUCGCACCACAACAACAUCAAGCCCAACCACCACAACAUCAAGCCCCACCACCACAACAUCCAGCCCCACCACCACGUCACGUGCCACCACCAUGUCAGGCGCCACCACAACCUCAAUCACAUGA